GUCCUCAAAAUCAUUCUCUACCCAGUAAUUCCCUAGUAUGCACACUCUACCUCAGGAUAAAACCGCACGAAAAAACAAAAAACUAAAAAAAAGCUUCGACAAAACUCUACCUGCUAUCUCUAGACUCAAAUUCCUUUUUGAAUAUUUGGAAAAAUGUAACGAGGCCGAAGCUCAGGCCGCAUUCGAAAUCAACGACUUCGAGAUAUUUUCAUUGGCACACGAAUGUUAUAAUCUCCAUGAAAUUCAAUGCAAUAAGGGCAAAUCAAAUAGCCAGCUUAUAUUCCAGCUGCACCUAUUGCUCAAGAAAAUUUUGACGUACCUGAAGUCCAAUGUUAAUCAAAGGUGGCAAGUUCGAACCAUAUAUAAUAUACUGGAAAAGUCUCUAGGUAUUAUCAACAAGAGAGCGCUCCGCCUUGCUGCCUUAGAAAAUCUAUUUUUGUUCUAUCAGGCACUCGAGAAUCCGGAGAAAGAUUUUCUCACGUUAUUAGUCGAGGCUUUGAACUUGCACGUGUUUAUUCCAGACUAUAUCGGCACUCAUAUACAGCUUCCCAUGCAUCCUUUAAUUCCGAAAACCGCUUUAUCUGCCCGCGAUAGCUCAAACCCAACGUCAAGUAAAGAAGAAUCCGUGGAGAUGCUAAAAAAAGUUCUAUCUUUUGUAGAAAACCAAAAAGACUCUUUUGAAUUUUGGUUUAAGAUCUUGAUGGAGCGUGUGAUCUUGUUUCUAUAUCCGCUCCCGUGUAAAAAACUAGGCCUUUUACAGGAGGACGAUUCUUCUGGGUUUAUCGUCCGAUGUCCAACUGAAUUACAAUUUGAAAUAUUUCGUUAUUUUUUGGAAUGGUUAGAUAAUCCAGAUUACAGGAAUAUUAUGUGGAAGAAUGCUGAACCGGUGUUGAUGGAGUCUUUCAGGCAGUCUUGUUUACUUCCGAUUACAGAUCAGAGCAGGUAUCUUAUUCAUGACAGUAUUGGGCUCUUUUACCAAAUACUCUUCAACAGCGAACCGAAUGUUUUUGUAAAAGAGAUAGAGCAAGAACGAAUGUUUUAUUUUAAUACGUUCCCACUUAUUUUUAAGUCUAACUCGGUUCAAAAAGAAUAUCGCGAACUGAUUCUAGACGUUAUCAAAAUUUAUCAAGAAGUUGUAGCUAAGAAGUGGUCAGAAUUUAGCGAAGACCUUAGAGGCAGUAUUUUAGUUGGUCUUUUAGACCUAUCCAGCUAUAUAUUGUGCAGCCCGGCCAAUGCGCCUGAGAGCCACUAUUUGUGUCCUAUUUUGGUGGAUGCGCUACUUAUGAUAUGGAUAGAUGUCGACCUACCUGCCAGGAUAACUUGGCAACAACUACAGCAAUGCAUUCGUAGUUUUUUCUAUUUGCCCAGCUCUAUUAUUCAAUGCAAGAAAAAGGCUAUUCAGCUUGCCUCUAUAUUGGUCGAUUAUACGUUUACGUUUAAGAAGCACAUGAGGAUAGAGGAUAAGGCAUCUCGACUGCCGAACAACCAGACAUCAGUCUUUCCAGAGAUUCAGUCGCCUAUCCCGAACGAAAGAACAACACCGCUCGAUUCAAAAAGGAAGUUGGAUUGGUCCACCGCCUACAAUAUUUGGGUGAACGUUUUGAAUAUUUUUUGCGGGGUGAGCCAAAUCACGGAUCCAGAAAUAUAUAACAACGUGAUGCAUGCUAUUGUAAGUAUUGCCCAAUUCUUCUUGGUGAUGGAGGAACAUUCAGAUUGGAAAGAGGGGGAGGAUACUCAACCAGUGGUAGAGGAGCAGCCACAUAAAAUAUCUAUAAUUUCAGUCUUUGGUCGAUGGUUCUACGAAUCUGUGGAAAAGCCAAUCGAAUUUAGAGAAGGAAAAUCUUUGGCUAUCUAUGGUUUGUGUCGUACUAUUCUCCGUCAUAGCAGUACUGAAUUGCCACAGGAACUGCUCAUUCAUUUUUAUGAUGCAAUCUAUCGUUCUAUGCAAUUUAUGGAUACUCACCUAACCCAAACAAUUAUUAAGUACACGAACAAUGUAUUUUCUCUUGGAUUACCGGGUGCCAGUAUUCUCAUACCGAGUCAUCUAUCCGCAAUCAUUUCGGUUUUUAGCAACGUGCAAGCAGCUUCAGAAGACUUAAUAAACGCCUCCAUCCUGAUCCUUGGCUCUAUCUCGUGCUUACCGAGCAUCUUUAAAUCCAUGCGCAUUCCUUUGGAUCAAAACUCACCUGUUUUCUUACAGUUACAGAAGAAUGACUUCUACUUCAAGGUCAAUUUUCAAGACUCGUCAUUUGAGUCGAUUGAAGAUAUUUUGAUUCGAUUUCUUUCACAUAUUGCCAACUAUCAGCUCCAGCAGCACCAGCUAUCCUGGAUAGUAUCCAUUAUGAGUACAAUGCUUUGGGCCGAAUUGAGUACCUGGCGCUCUCUCUCAAAGAUAAAAACGUUGGUUGACUUUAUUGUUUGCAGUGCUUUGAACCGCAAUACCUAUCUUGAUGCCUUGAAUACGAUUGCGAGUUUGAGCCAGGUCUACGUGACGAUAAAUACGAUAGACCCUGAUUUGUUGACAGAUAUUUGUCUGAAAUUGAUAGAAAACCUGAGAAAGCACUGCGAAAAUCCAGAGUUUGAGAGUAUUUGCGUGGGUCAUGUUGACACGUUACUGGAAUGGGUGAGCAUACCCUCUGUCUUGACGAGCGAGCGAUGCAUCCGACCGUUGUUUUCAGUUAUUGAGAAAAUCAUGAAGAGCACAAAUCUGGUUUCUUCGGUGGCGUCUGGGAAUGAGACCAAAAGGCGAAGCGAGACGAACUCAACGGAGUCAGCAACUAGUGCUGAUAAUAAGGCGGAAAAGCCGAAGCUUAAAGUAAUGGUUGAGAGGUUAGCUCUCUAUGUGACGAAUUUUAGUAAUAACUGGCCGAUUGAUAAAUAUUAUGAUAUUUCUGAGUCUCAACUCGUGGAAUAUCCGAACAAUUUUUCGGUUUUCAAUCGAUACCUGGAUGAAACUUCGAGGUCGAAAAAAUCUCAGUCACUAAUAAUCAGCCGCAGUGCGGACAUAACUAGUAGCUCAAGUUCCGAAUGCAGCAGUACUGUGCAUAGUUCUCAGGAUUCGACAGGAAAUUACGUUUGGAUGUUUUUCAACCAAAAUUUGUUUGGAGUUUGCGAUCGUUAUUGUCACAAAACCGAAGAACAAGAUCCGGAUCUUGCGUCUGCACUGAAAUUUGUCAUUUCGUCCGGACAUGGUUUGCAUUUUUUUGCAGCUUACAUGGAAGAAAACAAUAUGAUAGACUUGUUGAACUUGCACUUUGAAUUGAAAGAGUUAAAAACAAUAUCAAAAUGGAGGGAGGCGUCGGUCAGAGAGAGAAUAUCCAAGUUGGUGAAUCGAGCCAAAGAUAUAUCAUCUGCUGGUUGUCCCGAGUUAUCGAAGGAAUUGAAAAGGAUUGGAGAAAAUGCGAUGCCGAGCAAUCAAAUUGUUUGGUCUCUUCUGUGUGCAUUUUUUGGUAAAUUUAGAGCAUCGGGGCUUUGGGAAACGUCGAAACAGCGCUUUUGUCGGCUGUUUAUUCGCGACUAUUCUGGUAGAUACACGUGGGACAUGUUUCCAGUAUAUUUGCAGUUCGGAGGUUUAGUUGUUCACAAGGUCGAAGAAGUCAUAGAUUUAAGUGAUGAUGAGGGGUCGACCUGGGAAACGCUGAAAGAGCGUUAUUCACUUUCGGUUAUGUAUAAUUCAGGGCAUGGCCAUGAUCAUUCGAAAGAGCAGUCGUCUCCCGCGACUGGCAGCAAUAAGCUUCAGCCGCUCACGGAUAUGGACAUCGAGUCUCUUAUUAAGAUGCAUCGAAAGAUGGUGUCCAAACACCAAGCAGACGCCGAGACUCGGAAGUUGACCGCCAGUCAUCAGAAGCAGUUUCUAGAGAUGGCAGAGGCUAUUAGGUUGGAAAGGAAGCUUUUUGAUUUGAGAAAGGAGGCCAGGUUGCGGAAUGCGGGUUCACAGAGUUAUGCGUAUCGACCGUUUAGCCCAACUUCGACGUUGAGUACUUUUUACGCAUCCAGACAGAUUUGGAUGAUGUUGAAUAUGUCUUGGACUACUGGUUUCCAAUUCCACGAUAGUUUGAACACUCGUUUCAAGCGUAUUGUCAAGCAGAUAGACAAUGAGACGCACGGUCAGGACUUGGUCAAAGUUGGCUUGAUUUACGUCAAGAAGCAGCAAGAUCAGAAUGAAAUACUGAAGAAUGAUUACACGUCGUGGAUUUCAGCGGAGUACAAGGAGUUUUCUCGAAGGUUGGCGGUUGUGGUUGAUUUAGAAACGCAUCGUGGAUAUACAGGUGGUUUGGACCGAUCGAAAUCAGUUGGAACGACGAUGCUCUAUUGGAGGUCCAUGUUGAAUGAGCUCGUCUUUCAUGAGGUGGUGCGCAUGCCGACGGUUCAAAAAGACCCACAGCAAAUUUUGAAGAAGCGUCACGUUGGCAAUGAUAUUGUUCACAUCGUAUGGAGCGAGCACGUAAGAGAUUACAAUACCCAAACGAUUACGUCAAGUUUCAACGAUGCACACAUUAUCAUUUUUCCGUUAAAAAACGGUCUUUUUCGAUUGGGGGUCGCUAAGAAAAGGAACGUGGGUUCCUUUGGUCCUCUUAUUCACGGAAUGGUGGUUACCAAGUCUAUUUUGCCGUUGCUUGCGAGAUGUACGGCGAUUAUGGCGAACAUGGUUGUGCGGGAUAAACAAGAUAGCUACGUGUCCCAGUAUUUGAUUAGGAGAAGUGCGUUUGCGAAUGCUUACGGCUCUCCGUCGCUUCCAUACGCCAGCACAGUCAAGAUGCUGAUUUAUUAGCGGAAUGAAGGCGAAUACGUUUCUUUUUCGCACAAAGGGCCACCUGUGAGCUUUUGCGGGUUGUGUCGGUCUAUUGAGUAAGAUUGAGGGGCCUUUUUCACAAAGGGGGAAGACUGUUGUUUAUAUAGAGGGCGAUCGUUUUUUCGGUUGGUGUUGUACAGCUAUUUUGGUUCCUUUUCGAGCGACUGUUUGAGCUUCGACGCGCCCAGCUUGGUGACAAUGAGCGAGAAGAGCAAUUUGAAGAGCAUGGAGACAGCCCAGGUGAUUGAGACGAUUGUGACGGUUGAGUAGACGGAGGAGGUUAGAGUACCUAUGAAUAUUCUGAAGACGACGCAAGUUAGCGGAUAAGGUAGGAAGCCGAUGACCUUGACAGCUCUGGUCGAAGAGUCUGGAUAUACACGCUCGAUGUCCAGCAAUUCAUUGGCGAUUUUUUUUCCGAAUUGUUUGUAGAUUAAGCUGGUCGUUUGAUUGAAUUUUAGAAUAAACGCAUGUUUUAUUGAGUCUA